AUGGCAUCUGUAUGCUUAAGCCAACACGAUAUCAAUAUCCUUGAGAAAAUCAAGGAUCCGGAGUCAAACCCAUAUGCCGGUAUCGUUCUAGACUCCUCAUUACCACGGGACCCAAACAUUACGGAUGCCACGAUAUAUGAGCGAGUAGUCGAGAGGGAGCGAGGCAUAAUUCGUUCCAUCAAGAGCCUUGAAACCCAGUUGAAGAGUCUUGGAUCUGAGGAAGGAAAAGAUGUUGCUGUCAAGGGCUAUCAGCAAAGCCUUUCGGCGGUUGAGAGUAUGAUUGCCGAGUAUCCCAACUACGCCAGCGCCAGAAACAACCGUGUACAGAUCCUCAGGCGGCUAUAUGGAGAUGCGAUGAUGCUCUCCCAUACCAAAGACACCCCCGCGCCCUUAAUAGAGUCACCCGACCAGGCGGAAAGGAAAAAAGCUGUUGUAACAGCAUUGAGCGAUAUCGAAGCGUCGAUCGCACUCCUCACCCCUUCAUCACUAACCAUGCCUAUUUCUCCUCAGGCUGCGCGCACUCUGUCUAUGGCUCACACCCAACGAGCUGCAUUAUAUCUGAAAACAGCCAGACUAAUGCUAAGUCGCUCUUUGGAUAUCGAUGGGAUCCUCGAAGAAUCCAAAUGGGAAAAACUCGACUUCGAGGGUGCCGCAUCUCGAGACCUGGCGUUUGGUGGAAGGUAUGGAAAUCCAAUUGCAAAGGGUUUGGCCGUAAGUGUCAACCCAACGGCGAAACUCUGCGGACAAAUUGUUCGAGAAGCGAUGAAGAAAGAAUACGGCCCAUCUUUUGGUGACUAA